ACUCUGGACUUUGGGACAGUCCUUCAGCUCUCGAUGACGCACGCUCCUUCCGUGACUUUGGGACGUAGAAAAGGGUGAAAAUGUGCGGGGUGCAGCUGCUGCGGGUCUCGGUCCAUGAGCGGAUGAGCGCCGCCGCUGAAGACGUCCUGCUGCGGGUGGAAACAGGAGAAGAAGCGGCGCUGAGAGCGCUGCUCACCGAGCGGCUAACGGCGGCUGCGGAGGAGAUCGUCGGUCUGUUGGAGGAAACCGUGGCGGAGUACGAAGACAGAGUGGAGCGGUCAGAGCGGGAGAUCUGCCGCCAGAGGAGGCUGCUCGAAGCCGUGCUGAAGCCCCAAGUCCGGCUGCACAGAGCAGAUUUACCUUCAGGUGUCCAGUACGUGAUUGUUGUCAAAAAGGAGUCACAGGAGCAGAGCUGCAGUCAGAACCAGGAGGAGCCAGAGCCCCCACACAUUAAAGAGGAACAGGAGGAACCUUGGACCAGUCAAGAAGAUGAAGAGAAACCUCAGUCCUCACAGCUUCAUCAAACACAAACUGAGCAGAUGGAAACAGAAACUAAAGGAGAGGACUGUGGAGGACCAGAACCAGACAGGAACUUUGAUCCAGAUCCACAUUUACAACCUGAUUCAAGUCAACAGCUGGGAGACUCUUCUGAACCUGAGACUGAUGACAGUGCUGAUUGGAAGGAGACCGAAGAACCUCAGUCAGAUUUAAAGAGUUUGAAAAAAGAUGGCGGCUCUGUCGGAGAUUCCAGAUUGAAAGCUGGAAAGAAAUCUCUCAGCUGCUCAGUGUGUAAUAAACCUUUUACACACAGGGGGAGUUUAAACGUACACAUGAGAUACCACACAGGAGAGAAACCUUUCAGCUGCUCAGUUUGUAAGAAAGGUUUUGCACACAAGGGGCCUUUAAAGCUACACAUGAGAAUUCACACAGGAGAGAAACCUUUCAACUGCUCAGUUUGUAAGGACUCUUUUGCACAGAGUGGAAGUUUAAAGCGACACAUGAGACGCCACACAGGAGAGAAACCUUUCAACUGCUCAGUGUGUGGGAAAGGGUUCGUUCAUAGUGGGGAUCUGAGGAAACACAAGAAAGUUCACACAGGAGAGAAACCUUUCAGCUGCUCAGUUUGUAAGAGACCUUUUGCACAGACAGGGAGUUUAAAGGUUCACAUGAGACAACACACAGGAGAGAAACCUUACAGCUGCUCAGUUUGUCAGAAAGGUUUCAAACAGAUAACACAUUUAAAGUUACAUAUGAGACACCACCCAGGAGAGACACAUCAGUAACAGCUGCUCAGCCUGUAAGAAGUUUUUGAAACGUGUUUAAAUAACAAACAGGCAUUAUCUUUAUUAGACGCAAACAUAACAAUUCCAAGCAGCAUAUGUAGAUAAGACAAUGAAAAUAAAAUGAAUACAAUUUAUAAUUACACAAACAUACCAAAGAAUAUAUUUGGUAAAUAGUGCUCGUCUUUUUCUAUCUUUUUUAAGGAUUGAAGACGAUUUUCAAGUCAUUUUUAAAUUCCACAGAUGUUGGAGUAACUUUUAAUAAAUCUAUAUUUGUGUAAAUGAAAUUUACCCACAAUCAAAAUAUAAAACAUUUUAUUUUGUUUUCCAUGAUGUGAUAUGAUAUUAAUUUCCUUUUCGUUCAUUUUUUUUUUUACAAAUCAAAAGUUCAAACUUAUUUUAAUGAAAUAUUUGAUUGUAGAAGUGUAACAAUUACAACAGAUUAAUUUUAACAGUAGGAUAAAAUAAACACAUUCUUAAUAUAUGGAAGUUGUUGGUAUUUAAACUUCAGUUUUUCUGUUUCAUCAUCCUCUUCAUGUCGUGUUGGCAUGUUAAUCUCAGGUUCAUAUCUGAUCUAUGUUCUCGUUCUUGUGCCUUGUUUUUAAAUAAUUAUAUGCAAAUAAAUGUUGU